AUGCAGGAAAUGAGAGAAGAACGAGUCGUUCGCGAAAAAGAAGAACAAGAGAGAAUUGCGCGUGCUAACGCAGAAAAAGAAGAGCGCGAUAGGAAGAAGUCGCAGGAUGAUCAUCGCCACAUGUCUCCAGAUGGUGACGCAAGUGACGAUCACCAAGGAGAAGAAAUUGAGGAACCAUUAAAUUGGCAAGAGGAGGAAUUCAUCCCUCGCUACAAUGAUCAUAGUAAAGCUGUGGGUGGACUUCCUGGGAUAGCGAAAGGCUUUCGCAACAAUUUCGCUGAAGCUGGUGUUCCUAUCGCUGCACUCUUUUUUGUGGAGUCAAGAGGACUUGCAGCGACAGUCGUCAACUGAGCAGUUUUUACGCCAAUAUCGAUGCGAAGACUGUAGCGUUACGACAAGAAGAGAUAGCGCUGUUUGGAAAGAAAUUUGCCUAAGACUGGAGGCGUGUAUGCCACUAAUAGCUACCAAAUGCGAGUAAAUGAGAGUGGCAGGAUUGGACACCUGACAAAGCACGCAUUUCACAUCUUGAAGUUGUAUGGCUGAAUGAUAAUGGUAUGCUAGCCAUUCGAGAAUUCAUUGGAAUUCGUAAACGGAAAUAGCUAAGGUAUUCACAAUGAGUAUCUGGUCAAUAUUGAUAGAUCACACAGUCAAAUAGCGCUGUCCAAUAUCCCGGUC